AUGGCCAGAAUUAGAACCUAUAACAACGUAGUUCUUCUGUACUCUAACCUUAUGAUCUUCUUCAUUCCUCUUGUCAUCUCCCUCAGAAACCUCACUCCAGACAAAUCCAUCCACUACAACGACUACCUAGUUUCCGAAACCGGAAAAUUCGAAGCCGGGUUCUCCAACAUAGAGAAUUCACAAAACAUAUACUUUUGUACAUGGUACAAGAAUCUAAACCCAAGAACAAUUGUUUGGGUGGCCAAUAGAGAUACACCACUGCAAAACUCAACAGGAAAAUUCAAACUCAAACUCACUGAUACAGGAAAUCCAGUCAUAGUUGAUGGCUCGGAGAACACAAUUUGGAUCUCUAAUGCAUCAACAGUUGUAGAGAAUCCUUUUUUAUUGCUCUUGGACACCGGAAACAUCGUCGUACGAAACGGAAGUGUUAAUGAGGUUUGGUGGCAAAGCUUUGAUUAUCCUGGUGACACUUUACUACCUGGGAUGAUACUUCGAACGGAUAGAAUCAAUGGAGCGCAUAACUCUUUGACUUCAUGGAAAAACUCAGGUGACCCUGCAAGAGGUGAGUUCUCGUAUUAUAUAGAUUCUAAUGGUUUUCCGCAACUUUUUAUUUCGAAGGGAACGGUAUUAGUUUAUAGACUAGGGUCAUGGAAUGGUUUUUUCUUCAGUGGGAUUCCUUGGGAAACACUCUAUAGUUAUUUCAAUUUUUCUUUUGAGUUAACUGAGAAACAAGUUCGAUUUAAAUAUGAACUGUUAAACGACACGAUUGUUUCGCGAUACCUUAUCACUCCGACCGGCUUCGUGCAACGUUACAUUUGGUUAUAUCAGACAGAAACUUGGCAACUUUUCCUUGCUGGUCCUGCGGACCAGUGUGAUAAUUACAACAUCUGUGGUGUAAAUUCUAACUGUAACGCGGGGAACACGGAGAUAUGCAAAUGUCUCAUUGGUUUCGCACCUAAAUCAUCGAAUGAUACUGAAGGGUGUAUUAGGAAGGUGAAGUUGGAUUGUGAUGAUAGAGACGAAUUUGAUAAGUAUACAAAUAUGAAGUUGCCAGACACGUCUUCGUCAUGGUUUGAUGAGAAAAUGAAUCUUGUGGAAUGUGAGAAACAAUGUCGGAAAAACUGUACCUGCGUCGCUUAUGCAAGUUUAGAUAUUAAAAAUGGUGAAAGUGGAUGCAUCAUUUGGUUCAAUAACAUCAUUGACAUGAGGACAGGAAGCUCUUCUGGGCAAGAGAUUUACAUAAGAGUGGCUGCUUCAGAAUUAGGUAGGGACCCAACAAUAAACCAUGAAGAUAACAUGAAUCAUGAGAAAGAAAGUAUUGACAUAUCGACUUUUGAUUUUUCUACCAUAGCUAAUGCCACUGACAACUUCUCCCCUAUUAACAAACUAGGAGAAGGUGGAUAUGGGCCUGUUUACAAGGGUGUACUAGCAAAUGGUAGAGAGAUUGCCGUCAAGCGACUUUCGAUUAAAUCUGUACAAGGACCACAGGAAUUUCAAAAUGAAGUUAUAUUGAUUGCAAAUCUUCAGCAUAGGAAUCUUGUGAAACUCAUUGAUCAAACUAGAAGUAAAGUAUUGGAUUGGAACACACGUUUUAAUAUUAUAAGCGGAAUUGCACGAGGACUUCUGUAUCUUCACCAAGAUUCUAGAAUAAGGAUCAUCCAUCGAGAUCUAAAAACCAGUAAUAUUCUUCUUGAUAAUGAUAUGAACCCAAAAAUAUCAGACUUUGGACUUGCUAGAGCUUUUGGCGGAGAUCAUGAUGAGGCCAACACAGUAAGAGUAGUCGGAACUCAUGGUUACAUGCCUCCGGAGUAUGCUGUAUAUGGAUCUUUUUCAGUGAAGUCUGAUGUCUUCAGUUUCGGUGUUAUUGUUCUAGAAAUCGUCAGUGGGAGGAAGAGCCGCGAAUUUUUCAACCCAGAACAUAAUCUUAACCUUAUUGGAUAUGCUUGGAGACUUUGGAGUGAGGAUAAACAAUUGGAGUUGAUAGACGAGUCUCUUAAAGGUUCAAUUAUAAUGGAUGAGGCAUUAAAAUAUAUUCACAUUGGGUUGUUAUGUGUGCAAGAUAGAGCAGAUGAUAGGCCUGAAAUGUCAUCUGUUGUUCUAAUGAUGAAUGGGGAGAGAUCAUUACCUAAUCCAAGGCAGCCCGGGUUUUAUCCGCACGAAGUUGUGUCUUACUCAAGCAAACAAGAAUUGUCAUCCACAAAUGAAAUUUCGAUUUCACUGUUACACCCAAGAUAA